UUCUCUGAAACCAUGCCAGAGAUGACAGAGAAUGAGACACCUACUAAGAAGCAACAUCGAAAGAAAAACCGGGAGACACAUAAUGCAGUGGAGAGACAUCGCAAGAAGAAGAUUAAUGCUGGGAUAAACAGAAUUGGAGAACUCAUUCCCUGCUCUCCAGCACUUAAGCAGAGCAAGAACAUGAUCCUGGAUCAGGCCUUUAAGUAUAUAACAGAAAUGAAAAGACAGAAUGAUGAACUUCUGUUAAACGGCGGGAAUAACGAACAGGCUGAAGAGAUAAAAAAACUCCGGAAACAGCUGGAUGAACUGCAAAAGGAAAACGGGAGAUACAUCGAACUACUGAAAGCAAAUGAUAUUUGCCUGUAUGAUGACCCUACAAUCCACUGGAAGGGCAACCUCAAAAAUGCAAAGGUCUCAGUUGUUAUUCCUGGUGAUCAGGUUCAAAAGAACAUCAUUGUCUAUUCCAAUGGGAGUCAACCCAAUGGAAAUAACCAGGGAGCAUCUGUCCAGGGAAUAACGUUUAAUGUCAGUCAUAAUUUACAAAAGCAAACAGCCAAUGUUGUGCCAGUCCAGAGAACUUGCAACAUAGUGACUCCUGUGACAAUUUCUGGUAUUUACCCCACAGAAAACAAGCCAUGGUCACAAGCCACAGUUCCUCCGCUGGCAUCUGCUCAGGCAGCUCCAGCAGGGAAUGUUCUUGAGCUUUCCACCCCGGAGAAUGAGCGAGGCGUGCUCGCUGCUGCUACUGCCAGCUCGCAGACUGCAGCUCAGUCCGGAACAGAACAGGAACUACAGUGUUCUUCAAGGAAUGCACCACAGAAUGAUCAAAAUCUCCCCAAAAGUAAAAAUGAUGAGGAGGGCACUAAAUUAAUGAAGAAAACGCUCCUGCAGGGUACCAGCCUUCCUUCCAGUGCUUCCACGGAAGCCACCCGGGAUCAACAGGUGACUGCAACUUGCUCAAAUACACACAAUUCUAGGAGUGACCUUCAGGAAAGCUGUGUCAUUUCAACCACGGAGACAGCUUGUGUGCCAUCUGUGAGACUGUCUACUGCAGAUAGUUUUUCUUCUGUGAAUGUCCUCAAAAGUACAGACUCGGUAAGUAGUGCUGGAGUUGCUGUGUCUUCUGCAGCAGAAGGACUUAAGGCUGCCACGGCAAUAAGCACUCUGCCCGCCAGUCCCCUAGAGAACUGCUGGUCUUUUUCAGGCUCUUCAGGCGUUGGAACUUCAGACUUGAAAAACAUGAGUAGCCUUACACGGAUGCCUUCAGCUGGAAACACACAGACCACGUGGACAACUUUGCAGCUAGCGGGAAACACUGUUCAGCCACUAAGCCAAGCGCCAUCCGGUAUAAUGACCGCGCUACUGAACGAGCCAGUUAAUGGUGCUGGUACUGUGUCUUCUGCUCACAGCAAGCCUUUGACUACAAGCAUCAGUUUGAGUACUUCUCUGCCUGGGGAUGGCCAGGCAGCUGAACAGAUUGUAGUUACCUUGCCCUCAUGCCCGCCCUUACCUAUGCAGCCGUUAAUCAGCCAGCCACAGGUUAAAACUCAGGCUGCAGGAAAUAUCCUUCCAUUAAAUUCAGCUAUGCAGGUGAUUCAGAUGGCUCAGCCAGUCGCAUCAGCCGUUACAGGAGCACCAGCUAACCAGAAUGUCAUCAUUCUCCAGCCUCCAAACCCUGCUCCGUGCCCUCCCAUUGUGAGAGCGGAAGUUCCCAGCCAAAAUGUUAGUCAGCAAAUUGUAAUUAUACAAGCUGCUAAUCAGAAUCCUCUUCCCCUCCUCUCUGCUCAGCCUUCUGCUUCUGUAAGAGUUCCCGUGAACGGGCCAACUGCAGUCACAAACUCCGGCAGCUCCAUACAAAAUGCCUCUCUUCCACAGACUUUUGGAGGGAAACACCUUGUCCAUAUAUUACCAAGACCAUCUUCUUUGCCAUCCUCUAGCUCUACACAAACGUUUUCAGUUACAAUGUCCAAUCCACAGCAUCCUCAAACCAUCUCAUUAAACGGGCAGCUUUUUGCAUUGCAGCCUGUGAUGUCUUCAUCUGGAGCUUCAAACCAAGCCCCUAUGCAAAUUAUUCAACCCACGACCAGCGAAGAUCCAAAUACCAAUGUUGCCCUCAAUACGUUUGGUGCUUUGGCUAACCUCAAUCAAAGCAUAUCGCAAAUGGCUGGGCAGAGCUGCUUACACUUGUCCCUCAGCCACCCUACCAAUCCCACAACUGUCAAUAACCAGAUUGCCACAGUUAGCUGUGUGUCAUUACCAACUUCUGUGGCAUCUUCUGUACCUGCGGAGGUUUCAGUAUUAACUAGUGCCUCCAAUUCAAUAAAUGCUUCCCCCAAAAAAGCAGCUGCUGGCUUGCCCUCUAAUGCAAAAUCAAAAAGGACGAACAAAAAGCCAAGCACAAAGAAACACCAGGCAGUCAGUAGCAAAGUGCCCUGCCCCGUAGUUCCUGGCAAAGACGCAGGCAAGGUGGGCUGUGCCUCCGUGGAAACGGUGGUGGCAAAGCAUUCGAACGGCGAGGGGCUGCCUGAAAAUGCUCCAGCAGCGUCGCAAGCUUUAACGACGUCGCAGGCGAGCGGUGUGGCAGCGUCGAGUGGCGUCAGCGUUCCUGACUGUCGUUCCAAAGAGACUGUCCCGACGACUGCCAAAGACGCUGCUCCUUGCCAGCAGGCCCGGGGGGCUCAGAGCCGUCCACCAGCCGGCUCUGCCGUGUCAGAGUCUCCCAAGCCUUGCGAACCCCCCAGCACCUUAGCAUCCUCUACCGAAGCGCACGUGACGCGUUCUGAGGUGGCUGGGACAUCAGCAGCGCAGAACAGCACAGCGGGUCAUACUUCCAAGGCAGGAGCGGUUUCGGAGUCCUGCAACAUUGCGCAGGAUUCCUCAGUGGUAAUGCAAGAUGCGGACUUGUUAGAAGGACAGGGUCUAACCAGAAUGCUGUCUGAUCUCACAAAAGAAAGAACAGCUGUGGAAAAAACCUCUUCAUUUGCCAUCCAGGGAGAGCAUUCUGAUUUUUCCAUGGAAAACUCUAAAUCAGCCGAAUCAAAUGUUGAUUUAACUGAGAAGCAGGAGCUCUUGCUGAUGAACACGGAAGGCGAUGCUCUCUCCCAGCAUCACUCCUGCAUGUCUGACCAGGAAGUAGUCAGUGCUUCCCUUAUCGCUAGCAGGCAGGCAGACUCCCCCAUGUCAACUAGCUCUGGCAGCAGUCGAGGCUUCUCAGUUGCCUCUAUGUUGCCAGAUACCACCAGAGAAGACGUUACUAGCAGCACCUCAACCAGUACAUGUAACAGCUGCACGUUUUCAGAACAGACUGACAUUGUAGCUCUUGCAGCAAGAGCUAUUUUUGACCAGGAAAACCUCGAGAAAGGUGGAGGAGGAAUACAGGUUAACAUGAGGGAUGCCAUCUCUAAGUCGAAUGAAGUUGCACCAUUGGAGAGAGAGCAACAGGCUUUUAAACCUCAGCCAGUGAAAGAAAACAAUGCAGGGCCACUGGAAGCAGCACCAAACAAAUUCAGUGCUCAAGAUACAGCACAGACAAAUGUCGACAGACAGGUUGAAAAGCCAAGCUGCUCUGUGGGAGGUGCGGAAACAUCAAACACUUCUUUGCAGAUUUCUGCUUCCCAGUCACCAAGCAUAACCAGUUUAAGCGUGAAUAAUCUAAUACACCAGAGCCGCAUUGUCCAUCCCCUUGUGAGUUGCUCAAGUUUAUCCCAGUCUUCAGAGCCAGCCAGUGUCCCUGCGACUGUGAGCCUCCCCGUUCCCUCCAGCACAUACAUCAGUCAGUCUCCAGGACCGGCCAUGAUGAGUGAGUAUGCUCAGGAACAACUGAAUGCUAUCAGGGCAAGCACCAUGCAGGCUCCCCAGCUGCCGGAAUCGCACUUAAAGCAGCAAAGUCAUGAAGGUCGCAAGGACUCUGCCAAGCGGGCUGUUCAGGAUGACCUUCUGCUUUCCACGGCGAAGAGGCAAAAGCAGUGCCAGACAACGCCCAUAAGGCUGGAGGGGAUGGCCUUGAUGAACCGGACACCGGAGAGCAUCACUGAUCAAACACAAAUGCUGGUCAGUCAGAUGCCUCCUAACUCGUCCAAUUCGGUGGCAUCAGUGAGCAGUCAAGGGCAUGUGGAUGGCCUUAAUAGGUUGUUCCCAUCAAACAGCAACUUUGUAACACCAGCUUUGAGACAAACGGAAGUUCAGUGCGGAUCUCAGCCACCAAUUUCAGAGCAGCAAGGCCAGGCAGGGCAGCACUUGCAGCCAAUUCAGCAUGUUCCUGCUCAAGGCAUAUCUCACCUUCACAGUAAUCAUCCAUACCUCAAGCAACAGCAGGCUGGUCAGUUAAGAGAAAGGCACCACCUGUAUCAGCUGCAGCACCAUGUCACUCAUGGGGAAAACUCAGUCCACUCUCAACCUCAUGGUGUCCACCAACAGCGAACAAUACAGCAGGAGGUGCAGAUGCAAAAGAAACGAAAUCUCAUCCAGGGAACACAAGCCGCUCAACUUUCCCUGCAGCAAAAACACCACGGAAGUGACCAAACGCGGCAGAAAGGUGGUCAGCCUCAUCCUCACCACCAGCAAAUGCAGCAGCAGAUGCAGCAGCACUUUGGAGCUUCCCAGCCUGAAAAGAACUGUGAAAAUCCUGCAACAAGCAGAAACCAUCAUAACCACCCUCAGAGCCAUAUAAAUCCGGAUAUUAUGCAUCAACAGCAACAAGAGGUUAGCAGCAGACAGCAAGGUUCAGCUUCCGAACACGUGUCAGGGCACAGUCAGAUGCAGAGACUUAUGACCUCAAGGGGCUUAGAGCAGCAGAUGGUGUCCCAGGCAAGUAUCGUAACCAGACCAUCAGAUAUGACAUGCACCCCUCAUAGGCAGGAAAGAAAUAGAGUUUCCAGUUACUCUGCUGAGGCACUCAUUGGGAAGACGCCCUCUAAUUCGGAACAGAGAAUAGGAAUAUCCCUUCAAGGCCCGAGGGUUUCUGACCAGCUUGAAAUGAGAAGCUAUCUUGACGUUUCUAGAAAUAAAGGGUUGGUCGUUCAUAAUAUGCAGGGCCGCUUAUCCGUUGACCAUACAGUUGGCGCAGAUGUGCAGCGGCUUUCUGACUGUCAAACAUUUAAGCCAGCUGGACCAAAUCAACAACCAGCGGGCAGUUUCGAUGCACAGGCUUCAAGAAACAGCGAAAUCGGUAAUUCUGUGUCAUCCCUCAGGGGCAUGCAGUCGCAAGCUUUUCGAAUCGGUCAAAAUACGGGGCCGUCCUUAGAAAGACAGAAGAGAUUGCCCUACCAGCCAGUGCAGAGUAUUCCAACGGGAAAUACCCUGCCAGCAAGGGAAAACGAGAACACGUGCCACCAAAGUUUCAUGCAGAGCUUACUUGCACCUCACCGUGGAGAUCAAGUUGGUGGAAGCCAAAGAUCCAUCUCAGAACAUCAAAGGACGACGCAGUGUGGCGCCUCCUCCACGAUUGAGUACAGCUGUCCCCCAGCACGGGAGAGCGUCCACAUCCGAAGAGAUGGUGAUGGCCAGAGUAGGGAGAGCUGUGACAUGUCUUCUGCAAUUGGUGUGAUUAACACAAGGAACAGUUCUUUGAGUAUUCCUUUUUCGAGUUCUUCUUCCUCGGGAGAUAUUCAGGGUCGCAAUACAAGCCCAAACAUCUCUGUGCAGAAGUCCAAUCCCAUGAGGAUGACGGACAGUCAUGGAACUAAGAGCCACAUGAAUACGCCUGUUUCUAGCAACAUGCACGGAGUUGUGAGGCCAACUCACCCUCACCCUGCAGUCUCUCACGGAAAUGGCGAGCAAGGACAACCUUCUGUUCGUCAGCCAAAUUCCUCAGUAACUCAGCGGUCGAGGCAUCCUCUGCAAGAUAGUGGAGGUUCUAAAAUACGUCAGCCCGAAAGGAAUCGAUCUGGAAAUCAAAGACAUGGAAACGUCUUUGACCCUAGUCUUCCCCAUCUUCCGCUCUCCGCCAGCGGCAGUAUGAUCCUCGGGCGCCAGCAGUCUGCGAUAGAAAAAAGAGGAAGCAUUGUCCGAUUUAUGUCUGAUGGCCCUCAAGUCUCUAAUGAUAACGCGGCCCCUGACCAACAUACCCUCUCUCAGAAUUUUGGAUUCCCUUUUAUUCCGGAGGGUGGCAUGAAUCCACCGAUAAAUGCCAAUACCUCUUUCAUCCCACCAGUCACUCAGCCUAGUGCCACUCGGACACCAGCUCUAAUCCCGGUCGAUCCCCAGAAUACGCUGCCAUCCUUCUAUCCUCCGUACUCCCCUGCCCAUCCUACCCUUUCCAACGACAUCUCUAUCCCUUACUUUCCCAAUCAAAUGUUUCCUAACCCAAGCACGGAGAAGCCGAGUAGUGGAAGUUUAAACAAUCGAUUUGGAUCCAUUUUGUCUCCUCCCAGGCCUGUUGGUUUUGCUCAGCCGAGUUUUCCUUUGCUUCCGGAUAUGCCACCGAUGCACAUGACCAACACAUCGCACUUAUCCAAUUUUAACUUGACGUCUUUGUUUCCAGAAAUCGCCACAGCUCUUCCUCCAGAUGGUUCAGCGAUGUCGCCUUUGCUUUCCAUUGCAAACACGUCUGCGUCAGAUUCUUCCAAGCAGCCCUCGAACCGACCUGCCCACAAUAUAAGCCAUAUCCUAGGUCACGACUGCAGCUCUGCUGUAUGACAGCUGAUGGACC